CUUCUUCCUUCAGCAGCUCCUUCAGCGGCUCAGGAACGACUUAAAGUGAUGUUCUGCUGGGGCUGAGCCCAGCUGUCACACCGGGGGAGGGGGUCACCGUGAUGGUCGGCCGCUUUCCAGAGGUGUAGCGCAGGCUGCACAUAACCUCCGUUACAUGGAAACAGUCCGACGUUUCUGCGGAAAGUUUUGCUCUCCUCGGAUGGAAGAAGUUCUGAGACAAAGCGGCCACGACGGCGUGGUUUUCUCCUCUGUUCUGUUUAUUUUCUGUUAGUGAUGAUGUCGGAAGCCCAGUUCUGACGGCCAUGAUGUCUUGGGGGGAGUUCAUCGAGCUCCGUGACCUGAACUCUAGCAGAGAGCAGAUAGAACUCGCAGGCCCGCGUUCGCCAUGCUCACCCCCACGCCUGGAGAGAACGAACGCGCUGAGGAUCAGCCCGGGGAAGGUGCCUGACCUGCUGAGCCGCGUGGGCAUCAUCAGGGUCCUGAGCAGCUCCCAGGACCCCCAGUAUGUGGAGGAGAAAGGAGAGGGACACAGCUUUCAACCCUGCAGCCAUGCUCAGCCAACGUGGUGUGAUCUGUGUGGUGACUUCAUCUGGGGGCUUUACAAGCAGAGCCUGCGGUGUGUCAACUGCAGAUUCACAUGCCACUAUCGCUGCCGUGCCCUGAUUCAGCUGGACUGCAGCUGGGAGCGAGGCUCUGUGGCGGACCUCGCGGCUGUUGUGGAGCACACCAUAGAGACAGACACGAAUGUGGAUGAACAAAUUGAAUCUGGAAAACAGGAGUUGACAACUGCUGAAAUUCUGCAGAAGGUGAAGGAAUACAACUCCAAAAUCAAUAGCAAUCUGUUCAUGAACAUGAACAAGGACGGGUCCUACACUGGUUUUGUGAAGGUACAAUUUAAGCUAGCACGGCCUGUGUCGGUUCCUGCGCCAAAGAAAGGGGGUCCUGAUGCUGGAGGGAGGCGAGCCAGCGGGGUGAAGCGUCGCACCUCCUUCUACCUGCCAAAGGAUGCCUCCAAGCAUUUGCACAUAAGUUCUCGUACGUCUGCUCGUGAGGUCAUUGAGGCUUUGUUGAAAAAGUUCACCGUGGUAGACAAUCCCGGCAAGUUUGCGCUCUUUGAACGCAGCGAGCGGCAUGACCAAGUUUAUCUUCGGAAACUCUCUGAUGACGAGCGGCCCCUCCGUUUACGCCUAAAUGCUGGGCCCAACGAGAAGGUGCUCAGCUUUGUUCUCAAAGAAAAUGAAACCGGGGAAGUUAAUUGGCAUGCUUUCUCUAUGCCCGAGCUGAAGAACUUCCUGCUCAUUCUGCAGCGUGAGGAAGAGGAACAUGUAAAGCAGAUUGUGCAGCGAUACACUUUGGCUCGCACCAGGAUGCUGGAGGCCCUGUCCGGCUCAACCCCAGGCUGAAACCAUUCUGUGCUCGGAGUUUGAUGUGCAGCUCCUGGCUGGUUGAUUUGUGACCGGUCGCCGCUGCAUGCUAAGACCCCGGAGAAAACCUCAGAAAAAAACACCUCUUGGAUGAACGAGAGAGUGAGAUAGGGCGCAAGACUAUGAGAGUAAGAGCUAGCGCGAAUGUUGGUGUGAAAUGAUGCGAGAGAUGAGAAGUGCCUUACACCUGGAGAGUCUGAUGUGCCUGAGAGAAUGAGUUGAGAGGACUGAAGACUGGCAGAUAGGACUGUGGUUGUAAUGUUCUAUACCUUAUGGGUGCCAUCUGAUUAUUCUGUACCUAAGCUAUUAGACUUCAGCUUAAAUGGUGAUGAGUCUCUUUUAAAUCUUUGGAAUUCCUGUGAAACGGGUUUACCCUACUGUAGCUCAAUAAUUUUAAAAACAACAAACCAAAUUGACAACAUAUUUUUAAAGAAAAAAAUCAUUUGACCCUCUAUUUUCAUUGUCAUUUCAAAUGUUCCAUAAAUCUUAGACUCAACAUUUCCAGAUUGUAAUUCUUUAUAAAAUUUCCCAAGUCUAUAGCUGAAAGGUAUUUGGAUUUUCACUGCACCCCAGUCUGAAGAGCUGCUGUGUCCACUCUACAACCCUGAUGGGUACAACUCUUUACUUAGCAGUCACUUUGUGAGUAUGACUGACGUAUGGACAUUUGUAUGCUAUUAUGAAUGUCAGAGAACUGUGUCACAAGUCACUCUUAGGUGACUUCAUUAGCGAACGACUGUUGCCAUAUUUGUGUUUUAACUGGAUGCUGCUUAUCAUGUCUUUAAUAUUCAUGUUUUUUUUUCUGUCAAUCACCAAAAUGUAUGUCUUCUGUUUUUUUCCACUUUUCCUGCAGUCUGUGCACAGUUUUAAAUGGAGCAGUCUUAUGAAUGUGUGGUAGAUGUACACAGCAUUUAAUUAAAAAAAAAAAGCACAACAUAAUAAAAGCAUUUAAAAACGGUG